AUGCAGCGCAAACUCAAAGACUAUACAGCGUCCAACAACCUUAAGUCAGCCACUAACUAUACAACAACCAACGUUUCCGAACCUGUGCGUCUACGCAUUGGAAAAGAAGGAGUUACAGCAGACGCACCACAAACAAUUCCACAGCUUUUCAGCGAGUGCUGCCAGCGCUUUUCACAGUUGCCAGCGCUGGUCUAUGAAAACCAACAGCAUGCCACCAGCAAUACUAGCACCAACAGCACCUGGACGACAGUCACAUACGCUGACUACGAACUCAAUGUUGAAAAAGCUGCGCUCGCGUUAAUCCAUGUUGGCCUCACUCCAAACACAAGCGUGUGUGUGCUGGCCGAAAAUUGUCCCGAAUGGUAUUAUGUGCAAUUGGGAGCAUUGCGUGCUGGUGGCGUGGUCUCAGGUAUCUAUUUGACUAGUUCGCCAGAGGCAGUACAGCAUGCGCUAGAAACCUCACUGGCCACAAUAUGUGUGAUGCAGGAUGCGAUUCAGUUGGCCAAGGUGUUGGAAGUGAGAACGAAGCUGCCAAGAUUGAAGGCAGUUAUACAGCUGUAUGGGUUGUGCGCAGCUGAUUUGACGCAAGAAGCGGGCUACUAUUGCUGGUCGGAUUUGAUGGCGUUGCCGUUUGGUUUGCACUGCCAGCAAGCGUUGAUACGUCAAGAGCGAGAAGUGGCGGCAAAUCAGUGUGCGCUGCUUAUUUUUACGUCCGGCACAACUGGCUUUCCCAAGGCCAUUAUGCUCUCUCACGAUUCUAUCGUCGUAAAUAUCAAAUAUUGUCUGGUCACGCUAGCACAACCGUUGGAUUGUGCCGGCGUUACGCUUUCUUAUUUGCCACUAAAUCACAUUGCUGCGCAACUCUUUGAAGUUUUGAUGCCGCUACUAAAUGGAGAUUGUGUCUACUUUGCGGGUUCGGGUGCGCUUAAAGGAUCACUCACGAAAACUUUACGUAUCGCGCGGCCUACAAGAAUUUUUGGCGUACCUAGAGUAUAUGAAAAAUUACAACAACAGCUCAAGGAAGCCGAAGAAAACUCGUCCUUUUGGUGGCGUUUUGUUACAGCUUGGGCGAAGAGACAAUUACUGAAUUGCUAUAGGAAAAACGCGGAAGGAAUAAAACCAAAGCCUACAAUCGCUUAUAUGCUGGCUUCACUGCUCAUGCAGCCAUUUAAAGCUCAACUGGGCCUCGAACGUUGUGAUCAUUUCUGGGUUGGAGGCGCACCACUCUCAACGGAAACUAAAAAGUUCUUCCUAAGCAUGAACAUACCAAUUGCCGAUAUGUUGGGUGCAUCCGAAGCUGGUGGCGCUAUAACAUUGACCCGUGGUUAUUGUCAUUUGAAUAGCUGUGGCAGAGCAAUGCAUGGCAUGCAAAUAAAAAUCGAUAAGCCAAAUAAGGAGGGCGAAGGCGAGAUCUGCUUACAUAGCCGAUGCCACAUGAUGGGCUACCUCAAUGAGCCGCAGAAGACUAGCGAGACCAUAGACGCAGAGGGUUGGUUGCGUACUGGCGAUGUCGGACGUCUAUGCAGUGAUGGCUGCCUCAUUAUUACCGGACGCAUAAAAGAGAUAAUUAUUACAGCAGGUGGCGUGAAUAUACCGCCGAUUUUUAUAGAAAAUCUCAUCAAAGCUGAGUUGCCUUGCAUAAGCAAUGCUUUGGUGGUGGGGGAUAAGCGGAAAUAUUUAACUGUGCUUCUCACGCUGAAGACCAAUAUUGACGGCGAAACGGGUCUACCAACUGACACACUGCAUCCGGACGCUAUCGCUUGGUUACACAAGCUGGGUUUGAGUUAUGCUUGUUUAUCGGCAGUGCUGAGAGUACCAGCUUUUGAAGAAAAUUAUGAUUACAAAGGUGCGAUUCCGAAGCCAGCACAGCGGAUUGUUGAAGCUAUUGAAAGCGGCCUUGCAAGAGCCAACAAAAAUGCGAUUUCGCAUGCGCAGAGAGUGCAGAAAUUCGCACUGCUGCCACAUGACUUUACAUUGCGUACUGGCGAAUUGGGUCCUACACUCAAGUCUAGACGAAGAUUUAUUUGUCAAAAAUAUGCCAACACCAUAGAGCGUUUGUACGGCGAAGAUACUUAG